UAAAGCAGAUCUUCAGGCUGAGUGAUCAACGUCAAGCAGCAUCGCGACACGCGCCCUGACACGAUGGCAGGCUCGACCUUCACACUGCUGGUUAUUUUAAGUCUUGCAACCCUGUUGGUUGCUCAGACAAACGGCUCACCUUUACCAAGUGACCAUUUUUGUGGCAAAUACAAGACGCCAACUGACUGUCCCGCAGAGGCUGACAAAGUGUGCGGAACGGACGGACAAACCUACAAGAGUGAAUGUAUUCUUUGCUUCGAGUACAUUUCUAGAAAUACAAUUCCUGCCAUCGCGAAACAUGGAGAUUGCUGAAGCAACAAGUCACUUCAACUUGUCUGAGAAAUCGCAAAUUAAAUGUGCAUUCUGUUGUCUUUCCAUAAAUAGAAAAUAUAAAUGAUUCCCGGCCUUAUGAAAUUGUGGUAAAUUAAAGAAAUGUGUGGAUUUUGUUUCCGAGGUUAUUUUUUCCAAAGGUGGAGAUGCUGAAUGAGUUCAAUGCAAGCAACUCUGGAAAUUUACAGAACUUUAUUAUCCUGAAAACUGAAAAAAUAAUGUAUUGAAAUAGAAAUAAAAAGGCCCUUUGAGUAAAUAACAAUCAAAUAUUAUAUUUAAUGCAGUUGUACACUUUCUGGAGUAAAAGAAAAAAAUAAGGUAAACCAUUGGGGACUUAAAGCUGUAAUUCUUAUGUAUAGAUGAAAAGAAAACUGCAACAAUAGUG